AUCACAUGAUCUGCCCUGAGGCCCUGAGUUUCAUUAAAAUAGAGAGGGGUGCACCAGAGCGCAGGAGACUGCUCCUGUUCUCCGAGGAUCGGAUAGGAGAGGGAAGCCCUGCUUUGCCCAGGCUUGUGAGAGCUCAGCAUGGAAUGUCUCUACUGGGUCCUGGGAUUUCUGCUGCUGGCUGCAAGACUGCCCCUGGAUGCAGCCAGACGGUUUCGUGAUGUGCUGGGCAGUGACAGACAACCUGGUUAUACGCGGGAGCACAACCAGUUACGUGGCUGGUCUUCUGAUGAAAACGACUGGGAUGAAAAACUCUACCCAGUGUGGAAGAGGGGAGAUGCAAGGUGGAAAAGCUCCUGGAAAGGAGGCCGCGUGCAAGCGGUCCUGACCAGCGACUCCCCGGCGCUGGUGGGUUCAAACAUCACAUUCGCGGUGAACCUCGUGUUCCCCAGAUGCCAAAAGGAAGAUGCCAAUGGCAACAUAGUCUAUGAGAAGAACUGCAGAAACGACUCUACUUUGUCUCCUGAUCUGUACGUUUACAACUGGACCGCAGCCUGGUCGGAGGACAGUGACCCGGGCACGGGCCCGGCUGGGCACCACGUGUUCCCCGACGGCAAGCCGUUCCCCCGCCCCCACGGGUGGAGAAAGUGGAAUUUCGUCUACGUCUUUCACACGCUUGGUCAGUAUUUCCAGAAACUGGGACGGUGUUCGGUGAGAAUUUCUGUAAACACAGCCAACCUGACACUGGGCCCUCAGGUCAUGGAGGUGACUGUCUACAGAAGGCACGGCUGGGCCUACGUUCCCAUCGCACACGUUAGAGAUGUGUACGUGGUAACAGAUCAGAUUCCUGUGUUUGUUACCAUGUUCCAGAAAAAUGAUCGAAAUGUGUCCGAUGAAACGUUCCUCAGAGAUCUCCCCAUUAUGUUUGAUGUCCUGAUUCAUGAUCCCAGCCACUUCCUCAAUGAGUCUUCCAUUUACUACAAGUGGAACUUUGGGGACAACACCGGCCUGUUUGUUUCCAACAAUCACACUCUGAACCACACCUACGUGCUCAAUGGGACCUUCAACCUUAACCUCACCGUGCAAGCUUCAGUGCCCGGACCUUGUCCAUCACCUUCCGCACUUCCAAAGCCCACCCCUUCUUCUGUACCUGCUGGCGACAACCCCAUGGAGCUGAGCGAGAUUCCUGAUGAAAAGUGCCAGAUUAACAGAUAUGGUUACUUUGAAGCCACCCUCAAGAUUGUAGAGGGAAUCCUAGAGAUUAACGUCGUCCAGACAGCAGACGUCCCGAGGCCCGCGCUGCAGCCUGACAGUGUCCUGAUGGAGUUCACCGUGGUCUGCGAGGGGAUCGUCCCCAGGGAAGUCUGUACCAUCAUCUCCGACCCCACCUGCCUGCUGGCCCAGGAAAUGGUCUGCAACAGCGUGCAUGUGGACGAGACGUGCCUGGUGACCGUGAGAAGAGCCUUCAAAGAGGCUGGGAUGUACUGUGUGAACUUCACUCUGAGUGAUGACACAAGUCUGGCCCUCACCAGCACUAUGGUCUCCAUCGCUGGCAAAGACGCAGCGUCCUCUUUCACAACGGUAAGUGCUGCCCUGGUCUCCGGUGGCUGCCUGGCCAUUGUGGUCAUCGUGACCGCCAUCUUGGUGCACAGAAAACACAAGGAAUACAAACCAAUUAAAGACAGUGCUGAGGAGGUGGUCAAAUGCAAAGGCCUCCAUGUCGUCCUCAACCACACAAAGGCUGUGUUCUUCCCAGGAAACCAGGAGAAGAACCCUCUGCUCAAGGACCACUCGGGAAUUCCCUAAGUCUUCAGCCUUAUUUCUGACCAACAGUCCAGUCUUCGGUGUCAUUUCUGUGCACUGUGCAGGAGUGGGUGACUGUUAGUUCUUUUUUUUGCCUGAGGAUUAUUGUAAAAUAGAUACCCUGAUCUAGAGAGACUGAAUUUUAGGAAAGUCAAAUUAAAUCACAUGUUAAAGAAGUGAUAAAACAACUUAGCAGUGCUUGCUGUCUUGUGGCAAUUCACGGAUAAUGUCAUAGGUGAUUGGGGCGUAGACAUCCUAUCUCCAAGAGUAGAGGAGAAGGACCCCAGGAGUUCUCUAAGUUCCUUAGAGUCGGACCCAGGUUAAGUAGGAGGACAGGCGGGGCACUUGCUAGCGGUCCAUUUAACAGAUGCUAAUACCAGUGUAGUCCUGGCCCAAAGAGCAGGUUCCAGGCCAGAUGAACCCCACCUCACCCAAUGUGCCCGAGUCCCAGGGACAGGCCGAGCCUGUGGUCUGAUGCACCCACUUGUUACACUCAGAAAACAAUGCUCAUCUAAUAAAAGGUCUGAGUACUACAGAUGGUGACAGCCUGCCCUGCCCCGCUGAGGGAAGGAAUGCUAUUUGCUCACUUACCUGUGGACAUUUCGUUAGCACUUUCUGCAUACCAGACCCGGUGCCAGGCCCAUGUGCCAGCACUCAGAGUGGGCAUGGGGGUAUACAGCUGAGUCUCAAUACCCUCUGAGGCACACAUUUAGAAUCAGAAGUUCUAACUUUCGAAAGGAGGCCCCUAGUUUUCCUAUCAGUUUCUCUAAAUGAUGUGGAACCUUGCAAGAGUCUUACCCCCAUUUGCAGCUAAAACCAUGUGUUAGACGUGACUUUCCUUCCUGAAAAAUAAAUCCGGCAAGAGACUACA